UAUAAAAACUCUGCCGUGGCUAGAGUGGUUCAGUCUCGUCACCAACUCCACCAGACCAUCAUCAUGAAAUUCGUGGCUCUUGCUCUUGCCGUUCUCCUGGCAGUCGGCUCCCAGGCCGCUUCCCUGCAGGCUGAUGCCCCCUCCCAGCUCGCCCAUAUCAGGGCUGCUGCUGAUGUCUACAUGACACAGGCAAAGGAAAGUGCCAUCAAAGCUCUGGACCAGCUUGAUGACACUCCAUACCAGGAACUGAAGGCUUCCCUGGCUCAGCGCCUGGAGGAUAUCCACAACAACAUCAAGCAGAUGCAGGCCCAAGUGUCCCCUAUGACCGACACUGUCGUUUCCAGCAUCUCUGAUGCCACUGCUGAGUUGCGUGCCUCUAUUGCAGCUGACAUUGAGGCUCUCAGAGCUGAACUGGAGCCCCAGCGUGCCAAGCUGAGGGAGGUCAUCGAAAAGCACUUGGAGGAGUACCGCACCCACUUGGAGCCCUAUGUCAGAGAGUACCAAGCUAAGCAGAACGCCGAGAUGGAGGCUCUGAGGGCCAAGAUGGAGCCCGUUAUGGAGGAGCUGCGUCAGAAGGUAGCCACCAACCUGGAUGAGACCAGAGCUGCCCUGAUGCCCAUUGUUGAGUCUGUGCGCACCAAGCUUGUCGAGCGCCUGGAGGCCCUGAAGGCGAUGGCUACCCCUUACGUGGAAGAAUACAAAGAGCAGCUGAGACAGGCCUACAGCCAGGCACAGGGCGUCAACGCCGAGCAGAUCACUAGCCUGAGGGAGAAGCUGACUCCUCUUGGAGAGGAAGUCAAGGAGAAGCUCCAGGCCAUGGCUGCCAUCAUCAGAGAUACCUUCAGCAAAAACUAAAUGCUGUGUAUCUUUCUUUUAACUAACCUCACCUUGCUGUCUGUCUUAGAUAUAUUGAAGCUGUCUCUAUGUUCUUUCUUCCCCCUCACAAACAGACCACCUCAGAAGUGAAGCUAAUGCCUAACUUAUGAACAAAAAUGGCGGAACUUCCUCCCCUCCGAGCACGCAAUUUCAUGAAUAUAUUCAAGCACGCACACAGAGACACAUGCACACCUAGCACACAUGUCUUCAGCUUUACAUGCCAUUUGCUAACAUAUUGUGUCUGAAGUGUUUGUGAAUUACCACACAGGCUUGAACCUCUGUGUAACUAUGGUAACUGUGCUUUGAUGAAAAAUACAGCUCAAUAAACAUCUGACUGUUUAUACAA